AGUGGGAAGGGUCAAAUGAUUAAAGUGGGAGAAGAAGAAGAGAAGAAGGAGCAUUCUCGAUCGGAAGACCUAACACGUUGUUUCCGUUGUGAGCAGCUACGAUUUAAAAUGUUACAAAUUUUCUUGGUUUUGGCCGUCAUCGCAUUGGCCGUUUAUCAGUGGUUAACGUGGCACUACGACUACUGGCAGAAGAUUGGAGUGCGGUAUAUUCAACCCAAGCUCUUUUUCGGCAACUUGAAAGAUUCUAUUCUCAAUAAAGAAAAUGUCGGCGUUAUCUACAAGAACCUUUAUUGGGUGUACCCCGAUGAGCCAGCAGUGGGUCUUUUCAAGGGAAGAUUACCUCAGCUUAUGGUCAAAGACUUAGACUUGAUUAAAAGUGUAUUAGUAAAAGAAUUUAAUUCGUUUCACGACCCUGAUGUAAAUGUAGAUACAAAAAGUAAUCCGGUUCUCGCGCUCAAUCCAUUCGUUAUAAAAGGGGAAAGGUGGAAAACAAUUAGGUCGAUCCAUACUCAAAGGCAGACAACUCUAAAAAUCAAAGCUAUGUUUGCUAUGAUCGAAGAGGUCACGCGUGACAUGCUAAAGUUUAUAGAGGAAAAACAAAAUGUUGAAAUCGAGGGCAAAUAUUUCGCUGGACAGUUCACUACUGAUGUCGUCGGAUCCUGCGUCUUCGGGCUCAAGACCAACUCCUUUCUCGAUCCGAACGCAGAGUUUAGAAAAAUGUCGUUGAAGAUACUUCAGCCGGAUACGACAAGCAACAUGGCUUUCCUCUUGUCUUCUCAUGCCCCGUGGCUUGCCAAAUUGCUGAAACUAAAGAUUAUUAAUGAUGAAGUGGUAGACUAUUUCGUUAAAAUUGUCUUGGACAUGUAUGAAUAUAGAUUGAAGAACAACGUAUCGAGGAAUGACUAUCUCGGAAGUUUAAUGGAGAAUAAUAAAUCAGAAAAACCAAUGUACAGCGUACAAGAAAUAUGCGGUCACUCGCUCACCUUUCUUCUGGACGGAUAUGAGACAUCUUCGACGGUCAUGGGCUUCAUGCUUUGCUGCCUUUCACUACAUCAAGACGUUCAGAAGAAAUUAAGGGAUGAAAUUUCAAAAGUUGAAAACCUCGAUUACGACACCAUCCACUCCUUACCUUAUCUCGACGCUGUGAUUAACGAAACGCUGAGGUUGUUUCCUCCUGGUAGUGUCCUAUCGAGGGAGUGCACACAAGAUAUCGUGUUGAAGUCCGGAGGAAGAGAUUAUCCAUUGAGACGUGGAAUGACUGUGACUGUGCCCGUGUACGCCAUGCACACAGACCCGAAGUACUUCCCCGACCCGGAAAAAUUCAACCCUGACAGGUUCUACAAACAAAACGCGCCGCCGUACUUUUUCCCGUUCGGCUUGGGACCAAGGGCCUGUCUAGGGCAGAGAUUCGCUCUGACGCAAAUCAAAACAGCGGCAGCGCAUAUCUUCAAGAACUACAAGGUCCUGCCAGUAGAAGGAAAGGAAAAAAUGCCAGACAUAAACCCUAAAAGCCCUUUUCUCCUCAUGCCUAAAGAUCCGAUGUUAUUCAAAUUUUCAAAAAUUUAACCAAAAUUAAUUUAUAAUUUUGAUAUUUACUCAUUUACUCAGUAUAAAGAACCAGUAACCAAUAACAUACAAUAAAAUUGUUUUUGUUUUUUAAAUAAUGUGUUUUAACUUAAUGCAAAUGUAUACUACUAUUGUCUUACGACAUGUACACAAAGGAAUUUAACCACGAAUCUCCAAGAUGCGGGCCUGCGCCCUCAUCCUCACGGGCUUCGGUUCGAGAGCUGAACGUCAGUCUGCAGACAAACCCC